GUGUGUGUGUGAUGCUGAAGGGUUUUCUCCAUGAGGAAGAUCUGCUUGUUUAAACAGAGAAUAGUGGCUUUACUCCACAGGAAAGGGAAAAAGGAAACGGCUCAGUUUGGUCAACGCCUAAAGACCUUUCACUUGGCCAGUGGAGUUCACAGAUACACCAGAGCUGAGCGUCACAAACAACACAUGUGUGUGUGUGUGUGUGCUGGGAAAGCCUCGCUCCUGUGUUUAAUGGGAUUGAGCAUUCUGGACACUAGCGUCUGUUUCAGGAGGUUAUCAGAGGAAUCAUGGAGCCGCGACUGCAGAGAUUCACUGCCGUUCUGCUUUUUAAAGUCUGCUGGCUGUGGAGCGCUCAGUGUUUAUCUGUUCACUUCUCGAACCCUCAGCCUGUGUAUGUGAUCAGAGGUCAGCAUCUGCUCCUACAGGCUCAAAUCCAGCGGCUGGACACUGAACAUGUGUUUAAAGUCAUCUGGGAGAGAAGUGAAAAGGCUUCUGGGAAAAGAUCAACGCUGGCCGAGUUUCCUCUGAAAGAGUCUGACGGACGAGUGAGUUUGGAGAAUCAGGGAGCGACGCUGCGGAUCAGAGAAUAUCAGUCAGCAGACGCCGGACUUUACACUGUUACUGUUACUGAUACUGCUGGACAGAGACGAUCAGCACAGACAACCGUUCAGGAGUAUCUGGCUGUGCAUCACGUGUCAGUGAUGUUGAAUGUGUCUCACUCUGUCCUGCACUGUAUGGAGUCGUGGGGAACUGAGCCGUCCUACACGUGGCUUCAUGACAGUGUUCAGCUGACGGAGAAACUGGGUCGUGUUUCUAGUGAUGGAGCGUCUCUGCAGGUCUCCGGCAGCUUCUGCGGACGCUUCACCUGCGUGGUGAGCAACAGACUGGGCCACAGUUCAGCCUCAUACACCGCAGAGCCCUGUGAUAAUUCAAACCGGAGCACGACGACUGCCAUUGUGUUUCUGCUGCUCUUGCUGACCGCAGUAGCUGCAUCUCUGGCCUUUAUACUGUGGAGGAGACGCAGACAUGGAGCCAACAGACCACAGAGACUGAGAGAACCCUAUGAAGAGCACCUGUGAGCCUCAGACAGAUCUCAGACCUGCCAAUCGGACCAAAAUAACAACACUAAUACACGGUUUCUGUUAAAUAUUGCACAUUUCUAGAAGAUAUUUAUAAUAUUAGUGUAUUUAUAAAAGCACAUCAGGGGGUUUAGUUAAUACCCUGCCUUCUCAAACACUGGAUUCUGAUUGGUCGGAUGUGACAUUCUGGUCAUCAACAAACUCAUUUAGUUUUUUGUUAUUAUUAUUAUAAAAAUUACAGCAUUUGUAUUAUUAUUAACAUUAAAAAUGUAAAAUUGGAUCUUUUCAAUUUAUUAGUAAGUAAAUACUACAGAUAUUUACUGUAUUCUUCAUUUUCUGUGCCUAAUGAGUUCAUGUUUGUGCAGAUUAAUGCUUGUACUUUUAUUGAUCCUAAAAUGCUCUAAUAAUAAAUGAUAAAUAAUCUGAAUCAGAGAGAAGUGAGGAGGCUGAAAACUGGCCCCGUUUCUCCUUGAUCUGACAUUACAGAUGAGGAAAGUGAGGGUCUUCUGGACAGUAAUCAGUCUAAACUACAUCUGCAUCACAUUUGCAUAAUGAGCUCUUUUGUAUUCCAUAAUUAUGAGGUCAAAAUUCCACAAGUUCACAAAUGGGAAAGACGUGGGAAGAAUCACAAAGAGUGAGUUUACACCUCACGAAUCUCAUUUUCCUCCUCUGAAUUCUGAGUUUCUGUCCUUAAUUAAUGACUUACACUUACCGGCCACUUUAUUAGGUACACCUUACUAGUACCGGGUUGGACGCCCUUUUGCCUUCCUAGCUGCGUUGAUAUUUCAUGGCAGAUUCAACAAGGCACUGGAAAUAUUCCUCAGAGAUUUUGCUCUAUUUGACAUGAUAGCAUCGCGCAGGUGCUGCGGAUUUGUCGGCUGCACAUCCAUGCUGUGAAUCUCACAUUCUGACACGAUGCUCAAUUGGUACUAAUGGACCCAAAGUGUGACAAGAAAAUAUCCCCCACACCAUUACACCACCACAGCCUGAACUGUUGACGCAAGGCAGGAUGGAUCCAUGCUUUCAUGUUGUUUACGCCAAGUUCUGACCCGACCAUCCGUAUGUUGCAGCAGAAAUGGAGACUCAUCAGACCAGGAAACAUUUCUCCAAUCUUCUAUUGUCCAAUUUUGGUGUAUGAACAGUUGAUGGUGGCCAAAGCAAAGACAAACGGCAGAGGAUCCUUAGUUCAGAAACGCAUUUAAAUCGCUAA